CUGUGCCUGGCCCCUCCGUGGUCCCGGCAGCCGCCAGCCCCGGCCAGCCCCGGCCAGCAUGCAGCAGCAGCCCCUACCCGGGCCCUUGGCCCCUGCGGCCGAGCCCACCAAGCCUCCCUACAGCUACAUCGCUCUGAUUGCCAUGGCCAUCCAGAGCUCACCGGGGCAGCGGGCCACACUCAGUGGCAUCUACCGCUACAUCAUGGGCCGCUUUGCCUUCUACCGCCACAACCGGCCCGGCUGGCAGAACAGCAUCCGCCACAACCUGUCACUCAAUGAGUGCUUCGUCAAGGUGCCCCGCGAUGACCGCAAGCCAGGCAAGGGGAGCUACUGGACGCUGGACCCCGACUGCCACGACAUGUUUGAGCACGGCAGCUUCCUGCGCCGACGCCGACGCUUCACCCGGAGAGCAGGUGCCGAGGGAGCCAAGGGCCCUGCCAAGGCACGCCGUGGACCCCUCAGAGUGAGCAGCCCGGAUCCAGGAGUCCCCGACGCCAUGACUGGCAGGCCGUGCCCCUUCCCACCGGAGCUGCCAGAGCCCAAGGGCUUAAGCUUUGGGGGUCUGGUAGGGGCCUUGCCAGCUAGCAUGUGCCCAGCAACCCCGGAUGCCAGGCCCCGGCCGCCCACAGAGCCCAAAGAGAUGCCCACACCUAAGCCUGCAGGCCCAGGGGAGCUCCCUGUGGCCCCCUCGUCUUCCCCGUGCCCAGCAUUUGGCUUUCCUGCGGGCUUCUCUGAGGCCGAGGGUUUUAGCAAGGCCCCCACGCCCCUCUUGACCCCAGAGGCAGGCAUCGGGAGCAGCUACCCGUGCCGGCUGCAGGCACUGAAUUUCUGCAUGGGGACUGAUCCAGGCCUUGAGCACCUCUUGGCCUCAGCAGCCCCCUCUCCGGCACCACCCACCCCUCCAGCCUCACUCCGGGCGCCGCUGCCCCUGCCAGCUGACCCCAAGGAACCCUGGGUCGCAGGAAGUUUCCCUGUCCAGGGAGGCUCCAGCUACCCAUUGGGGCUGACCCCCUGCCUAUACCGGACACCAGGAAUGUUCUUCUUUGAGUGAAGCCAGCCUGGCCUCAGGCAGUCCCUGCAGGGCCCCUGCCAACCACACCCUCCAGGCUGAGCCUGACUCAAGGAUCUGGGGAGCUUUCAAGGGACCCAGGCCUGACAAGCCAACGACCGGGACAGGAAGCCAAGAUUGGAGUAGUGAACACUCAGCCAGCCCUGGCGCCUCCGGACAGACUUGAGGGAGAGGGGAGGCAG